AUGCUCAUCUGGACAGAACACCUUACCGAAGCUACAGAGGGUUCAGGUUGUUUUCCCCCCACUGUUCAGAAAUACCUUGCUGACACAAAGACACACUACCUUGCUGAGCUGGAGGCUGUUGACUUCCGUACAAAUGCAGAGGCAGCUCGAGUGAACAUCAACAAAUGGGUGGAGGAAAAGACUCAGGACAAAAUCAAGAACCACUUGGAACCAGGGAUUUUGGAUGUGGAUACCAGACUGGUGCUAGUAAAUGCAAUCUACUUCAAAGGCAACUUGGACAAGCAGUUCAAAAGCUCUCUAACAGAAAAUGAAAGCAAGCCUGUUAAAAUGAUGCAUCAGAAGGCCAAGUUCCCCUUCACCUACAUUCCCGACGCAGAGUGCCAGAUUCUGGAGCUGCCCUACGUGGGCAAAGAUCUGAGCAUGCUCAUUAUGCUGCCUAAUGAGAUGGAGGACAACACCACUGGACUAGAGAAGCUGGAGCAGAUGCUCACAUAUGAGAACUUUGCGGAGUGGACCAAGCCAGACAUGAUGGACACUGUUGAGGUGGAGGUGGGUCUCCCCAAGUUCAAGCUGGAGGAGAAAUACGACCUCAAGGAGAUCCUGGUGAGUAUGGGAAUGACGGACGCCUUCAACAACGACAAGUGCGACUUCUCCGGCAUGUCUCCCUGCGACGACCUUGUUCUGUCCAAGGUUGUGCACAAGUCCUUUGUGGAGGUGAAUGAGGAGGGCACUGAGGCGGCGGCCGCCACGGCUGCCAUCAUGAUGAUGCGCUGCGCCAUGCUGCCCCCCGAGAGGUUCAUGGCGGAUCACCCCUUCCUCUUCUUCAUCCGACACAACCCCACCCAGAGCGUCCUCUUCUACGGCCGCUACAGCUCCCCUUAAGCUGAGGAUGAAAUGAAAGAGAUGUUAUAUGUAGGAACAUGAUGUAGCUCUGACAGAAUUAUUGGCAACUUUGGUAAAGUUGACUAAAAACAAGUAUAAAAAAUAAUCUUUUGGUGAUUUAUUGUACUUCCACAAUGAAAUCAAUGAGGACGAAUCCACCCUUGAAGCACAUUUAUUCUGAGAAAAAGGAAAAUCUAACGAAACACGUUGCUCACAAUUAUUGGCACCCCUGAAAAAUGUUAUAUACAAGAAUUUCAGAAGUGGUUAAUUAGUUAGUUUUCACUAUGGUAUGAAAAUAAAGGCACACAGAGGCUACAUCCUCUAGUCAUUUUCCAACAACAGAAAGACAAGAGAAUACACUAAAU